UAUAAAUAAGUUGAAAAAAAUUGUUUUGCAUUUUGUUUGUUCAAAAUGGCUUUGGUGUUGAAAAGGAUGUAUACAGGAUAUUUCUGGCUAUUUGAUGAAAUAGCAGAUACUCGAGUGCAGGAUUAUGGUCUCCUAUCAUCCCCAUUGAUACCUGUCGGUAUUUUGACAAUGUAUGUUUAUUUCGUACUUUCAAUGGGUCCUAGGUUAAUGAAGGACAAGGAACCUUUUCAACUGAAAUCAAUUCUGGCAUUGUACAAUUUUUCGCAAAUUGUGUUUAAUUUACUAAUGCUGUUUAUGGGAUGCCAAGCACUAAGUCACAUGAACCUUAACUGCAAUGUUAUCGACUAUACUCUGUCGUCAAAAGGAAAAGAGUUUAUAAGGCUGACUUAUUUCUAUUAUCUCUUAAAGUUAUUCGACCUAUUGGACACAAUACUCAUCGUUCUGAGAAAAAAUACGAGACAGGUUACUUUUCUUCAUGUCUACCAUCAUUGUGCGGUUGCACUAGGUUCCUUUAUUGCAGCAAAAUUCAUGCCAGGUGGUGAACUUUUUUGGACAGGAUUUUUAAACGUCAUAGUUCAUUCGGUCAUGUACUUUUAUUAUCUAAUGUCAACUCUAGACAGCAAAUGGAAGACGUACCUAACAGUGAAAAAAGUACUCACACAACUGCAGCUGGUGCAAUUUGCUGCAAAUAUUUUGAUUUACGGAAGAUUAUUAUUUAAGACGGACUGCCACUUUCCAAGUUUAGUACCUAUAUUUUAUGUCCCCCAAAAUAUGUUUAUGAUUGCUCUAUUUGGAGACUUUUACGUAAAAACAUAUAUACUUAAUAACCCUGAAAGAAUUAAAGGCAAAUAAUGCUCUACUUACGAUUAGUGUCUACAAUUAUUUAUUUAGUAUUAGAUGUUACUUAUUUAAUAUACCGAGUACAACUUA